CGUCAUGACUGGAGCUGAUCCAUGCUGGUCACUGAGGAAAUAUUUAAACUUCGCGCUGUCGCUCGCCGGAUCGGCUUUCACCGUGGACGAAGCGGAGUCCAGCCCGGGGUCGUCACAUGUGGUUGCCGCAGGCAUCACAAUAUGCUCUCACUUUCCUAAACCUGAUGUUCAGGCUAAAGUUAGCACACCCAGGCCGGUAUAUAAGAGCCCCAGAUGGGAACUACGAAGAUGUCAGUCACAUCAGCGUGGUGUAUACUUCCCCUCUUUUGACCAACUGCAAAAACUUUGAGAGAUGGCACCCAAGAAGGCCAAGAGGAGGCAGCAGGCAGAGGGCGGCAGCUCUAAUGUCUUCUCCAUGUUUGAGCAGAGCCAGAUCCAGGAAUACAAGGAGGCUUUCACAAUCAUCGACCAGAACAGGGAUGGUAUUAUCAGCAAGGAUGAUCUGAGAGAUGUGCUGGCCUCCAUGGGUCAGCUAAAUGUGAAAAACGAGGAGCUGGAAGCCAUGGUCAAAGAGGCUAGUGGCCCCAUCAACUUCACUGUCUUCCUCACCAUGUUUGGUGAGAAGCUGAAGGGUGCCGAUCCUGAGGAUGUUAUCUUGAGUGCUUUCAAAGUCCUGGACCCUGAGGCUACAGGCACCAUCAAGAAGGAAUUCCUUGAGGAACUCCUGACCACCCAGUGCGACAGGUUUACCGCUGAGGAGAUGAAAAAUCUUUGGGCUGCAUUUCCUCCAGAUGUGGCUGGCAACAUAGACUACAAGAACAUCUGCUACGUCAUCACACAUGGAGAGGAGAAAGAGGAAGAAUAAUCUCAGUCCAUCAACCAUCUCUCUACCUCCUCUCAUUACCACAACAUCUUGUUACAUUUUCAGGCUCCCCAUGGUCUAUAUGUCCUCUCAAAGAAAGACAUGUCUAAACUGGAGGUCUGUUAGAAUUUGGGCUGUCUGAAUGUGUCAUAUGGAGCUAAUGUGAUUAUUUUCAAUAAAAUAAUCUAAAAUCAUGAAAUCACACUCUCUCCGUUCUGUCUGCCAGUGUUUCCCUUUAUAAAUGUAUAAGCAGAGGAGAUAUUUAAAGAGAUGGUGCAUCUCUGUAACAGAGUGCCACCCUCUCUCUCAGUGUCUCCUGUUUCUUUUCACAGAGACAGAAAUAUUAAGGAAAGACAUUGAGCACUAAGAAAAGACACAGGAAGACAAAGUGAGGAUGAGGAAAAUAAACAAAAGAAAACAUCUUUGUUUUUACUUUUUCUCACUUGUUUACUCCUCCAUUCCAAAGUCCUCUUUUCUUGCCUUUUCCUUUCCUUUCUCUUGAUUCAACUCUUUGUCCUCAAAACCACCUGUAACUCAAAGAUCACACAAAUUAAA